AUGGAGUUCCCGCCAAUGCCUCCUCCGAAACAAGUGUAUUACAAAACUGCUAAUGCGUUGCUGCUGGGAGCGGCCAACAAGAAUCCAAGAAAAGUGCAGCCGCUAGUAACCCAGCUGCAAGCAGAGCAUGCGUUGCAUCUGCUCAAAUUUCCGCACGGCCGCGAUGUCACUCUUGUCACCGAAAAUGGUGUUCAGUUUAUGAUCCAUUCAGUCAUCGUCGCCGGAGGUCCUAAGUAUCUCGAGAAACGAUGCUUUCCGCAACAUGUAAGUGAGGCCACAGGCCUCAAGCCGCUGUCAAAAGGAAAUUCGAAACUGAAGCAGGCGACACAGCCGAGCACGCCGACGUGGAUCAAGAUGCCACCAGAGUGUGACGCUCUCUUGGUGGAUCGACUCAUCAGCUUCCUCUACACCAAAGACUACGAUAUCAAGAUCGCCGCUAAGGCCUCGCAGUUAUGCGAUGGUCCUUACGACCUCACCAAUGCAUCGUUCGUUCCGAACCAGACACCGACAAGCAUGCCCCAUUUCGGUGAGGCACGCCACAUGUUCCAUAUUCAGAUGUAUGCUCUGGGCGAGAGACUCCAGUACGAAGCGCUUAUGACAGUUGCCCGAGCCAGGCUGUGGGGUUCUCUUGACAUAAUCAUGCAUGAACCCGACUUACAGACGUCGGUGGGAUUGCUCCAGGAAUGUGUGGAAGCCUGCGUCCCGACUGAUACUACAGUGCCUGUGUGCUGGGAUGAGGACGGCAUGCUUCAGCAACUGAUUGUCGCAGCUAUACUGUUCUACACGACCAGAGACUGGAACAGCUCCGACACCGAUGCCCUCGUCACGCACUUCACCCAGCCGAAGUACGCCGCAUUCAGGAUGGUAUACAGCGCCAUUGAGGAAGAAAACUCGCAGUUCUUGGACACCAUGGACGUCUCAAGUCCCAUGGACAUGAGGCGUUCCAAGGCCCAGGCCAUGAAGGCACAGUUGGCUGAAAUCGCGCAGGAAAGAAAGGUCAACAAGGCCAAGACCAGAGCACAGAAAUCCAAAGACGCCAGGGCCCUCAACGCCAAGGUCUUCGGCAGCAUCAACAUGGCUAAAGCGGCAGCUGACCUCGCGAUGGCGCGUAGAUUCACAGCUCAAACUCGGGACGUCCAGGCUAUUCAGGCUGUUCAAGGCGUCCUAACCGGCACCGAGCAGAACAUGUUGCAUCCAUCGGCUUUCGUCCACCGGUUCGUUCCCAACGACAACGGUCAGGGCAGAGAUCAGGGCUCCGACGAAGACCGUUACAACGCGGAGAGUGGCCAGAUCGAUCACCAGAUUGAGACAGAGAUGCAGGCUAGCAUGACGAGGCUGGCGAUCGAAGACGUUUCUCAAGACUGA